AUGGAGAACAGUCUGUUCUGUGACGAGGCCUUGCUGAGCAGCCCGCCUUCUUCUCCGGCUGCAGCCGUCUCCGGCGCCGUCGGGGAGGAGGAGGGGGAAAGUCUUCUAAGGGGUUGCUUGAGGCGGCAGCACGGCUUCCUCCCCCGGGAGGACUACGUGGAGAAGAUCCGCCUAAGCCCGGACUUGUCGAGGCUCAGACUUAGAGCAGCAAGGUGGAUCGUCGUGGUGAGUGGAUUCUUCGACCCUGGUGGAUGGUAGUGCGAUAUCUCGCCGCUUUUCUGAUUCUUUCCUCCGAGGACCAGGCUCGCCUGCAUCUGGAUCUUGCAUUGGGGACGGCGUUCUCGGCGGUCAAUUUACUCGAUCGCUUCGUCUCCAUGUACACCAACCUGGUACGACCCGGGAGCUUGUUCUUCUCUCUCUCGGGAGCCGGAAUUCUGACUGUUGAUCUUCUUCUCCAGAAAUGGGAAGGCUGGAUGAUGGAGCUGCUCUCCUUGGCCUGCCUGUCCAUCGCCGCCAAAUUCGACGAGGUCGUCGUCUCUUCCUUGCAUUCGUUUCCGGUGAGCUUCUCUUCUUCUUCUUCUUCUUCUUCUUCUUCUUCUUCGAGAAUCCCCGAACCGACAAGAUUCAUCGCUCUUGCUCCCGAAGGUCGAAGACUUCGACCACUCAUUCCAUCCCAACGCGAUCCAGCGAAUGGAGCUGACGGUACUCAGGGCCCUGGACUGGCGCCUCAACUGCGUCACCGCUUACUCCUACGUGGGUCCGCUGACAUGCUGCUGGGGGACCUCCCUCCACCCCCACCUCCGGCGAGCCGUCUGCGACCGCACCGCCGAGCUCCUCUCUGGCGCAACACUAGGUAACUGGGAAUCCUCCCCACUGGUUUUCCAAAUGGCUGCUCCCAAAGCCUCUGACGAUCCGCCAUGAACAGACCUCGAAUUCCUCCAGUUCAGCCCAUGCGUCGUCGCUCUCUCGGCGACGAGAUGCGCCCUCGAGGAGCUCGCGCUGCCGGAGCCCGCCGGCUUCAUCUCCGACCUCAUCAGCCUCAUUCCCCAUGAACACAUCGUAAGAAAACCCCCACAUCCCCUAGCCCCACCUCGCCUUCCCAUCGAUCUGAUCCGAUUCCCCGCCAUUGCCGUCUGCUACAGGAGAUGA